AACAUCCUGCUUCACUCACUAUCACUAAAACAAAGAACAGAAAUGGGAACUUCAGUACUAAAAGCUCUCAGAUAUCUUCUACUUUUCAACAUCUCAUUGACCUUCAUCUACACCAAUGAAGUCUCAUCCGCUUCUCCAGUGACUCUACCGGCGGCAAAGAUGAGCCGUAGACUUGUGGCCGUUCAAGGCAUGGUUUAUUGCAAGUCUUGCAAGUACUCCGGCAUUGAUACGCUCCUAGAAGCAUCUCCUCUUCAAGGAGCUACUGUAAAGCUUGCAUGCAACAACACAAAGAGAGGUGUAACGAUGGAGACAAAGACGGACAAAAACGGAUACUUCUUCAUGUUAGCUCCGAAUAAACUCACCUCCUACGCUUUCCACACGUGCCGGGCUUGGCCCACGAAUCCUGGUUCCGCAGCUGCUACAUGCACCGUUCCUUCACAGCUCAACAGUGGAACCACCGGUGCUAGGCUUAAGCCUUCUAAAUCAAUCAACAUAGCUGAACGCGACUACGUUUUAUUCUCUGUUGGUCCCUUCGCGUUCGAACCGGCCUGUACUCGUUGAAGUCUCGACUUUCUUCUUUAUGUAUGUGUGUGCUUGCUUGUUAUGACUAUCUCUCACUAGUGCUUUAAAUGUUUCUAUCGUCGUGUUUGCUUUUUUUUUUUAGUAUGUUCACGUUUUGAAGCUUGUCUUGGUAGACAUUUUGAGAUUGUUAGUGUGUUUGAUUUCGUAUCCUUAUCGUUUAUCUCUUCUUCACAACUGACAAACCAUUUUUUUGUAAGGCAACCUUAUAAUGUGUACCACGGUGAAUCGGUGGUACAAUGCUAUCGUAACCAUGUCUUUAGGUCAUCUAAAGAGUUAUAGGCAGGCUGAUACUAUUAAGUAUUGACAUCAUCUCAUGAGCUCUUUUUGGAGAUGACGAUGUAUGUAUGGACAUAGUGGUUUUUGAAAAUUCUAUUCUUCUAUUUGACUGUAGUUCUUUAAUUAGAGAUUAUCGUCCUAUCAUCAUCAGUAAGAGCAUACCAUUACACAUUAAUGCAAACAAAAGUGUAAACAACAGUGUUGUUUUUGCUGAGUUCAAAGGUUGGGCUAAUGAUAAGAGAUCCCUUUUUUAUUAUUUGAGAAACACUUUUAUUAACUAACCUUAUUUUUAUGUGUGAUUAACCAAAAUGCCAUUACUUAGGUAUCAUCAUAUGAGGUCUUCUCACAACCUUUAAUUAAAAACCCUCUUCUCACUAGAUUAAUUACAUGUAUUGCCAUUGAUAUAAACCAACCUUAACCCCAUAUUUUCUCUUCGUGGUUUUGUCUCGACAAUAAAUUACUUGACCAUAACUUACUUUUUAUAAAGCUUUAACAUUAAAAGAAGUUAUAUUAAGCUCGAGAGUAUAUGUUUGUAUAUUAAUCCACCUGACCUUGGGUUAUUUGUUAUGUAGCAAAAUUAUACGCAUAAUGCAUCGGUUAACUAUACAAUUAUUUUUGAAUAUAUGAUAUGAAAGCAAAUAAAGAAUUUUAUUAAUGUGAAACUU